CUGGUCGAGGGGCGACCUGAGAGCGGGCAGGAGCGCAGUCCGGAGGUGGGUGUCUGGAGCGUAUGUGAGGAAACGGAGGCUGCAGGCUGAGGGACGCCCCUCUAUGAGUGAGGAGAAUGCGGGUAACUUUCACAGACUCCAGUUUGCGGCCCUGAAAAUCUUCAGUCCCAGGAAUGUCUGGCCCUGGCCUGGAAGGAGAGCAGUCAGUGGAACUCUGAGGCCUUUUUUUCAGGGUUGUGACGUCUUGGAACCUACCUGCUAUUGUCCCCAUUUCUCUAGCACCAUGUCAGGAAGCUACACUCCUACCGCAGGUGGGCCCUUCUCUGCUCUCACUCCUAGUAUAUGGCCUCAGGAGAUCCUGGCAAAAUACACCCAGCAAGAAGAAUCUGUUGAGCAACCCGAGUUCCGAUAUGAUGAAUUUGGCUUCCGAGUAGACAAAGAAGAUGGAGCUGAGCCAAACUCCAGCAAGCUCCUGGGAAUCCCGUUGACUGAGGAGCCGCAGCAGAGACUGAAAUGGCAAGCCCAUUUAGAGUUCACACACAACCAUGAUGUGGGAGACCUCACUUGGGACAAGAUUGAAGUCACACUUCCACGCUCAGAUAAGCUGCGGUUGUUGGUGUUGGCUGGCAUUCCGCACAGCAUGAGGCCGCAGCUAUGGAUGCGCCUAUCGGGAGCCCUGCACAAAAAAAGAAGUACAGAGAUGUCUUACCGAGAAAUUGUGAAAAACAGCUCAAACGAUGAGACUAUUGCUGCCAAACAAAUUGAGAAGGACCUUCUUCGCACCAUGCCCAGCAAUGCCUGCUUCUCCAACAUGAACAGCAUUGGAGUGCCACGGCUACGCAGAAUACUACGGGGGCUGGCUUGGCUGUACCCAGAAAUAGGCUAUUGUCAAGGCACUGGCAUGGUAGUGGCUUCCCUGCUUCUGUUCCUGGAGGAGGAAGAUGCCUUUUGGAUGAUGUGUGCCAUCAUUGAAGAUCUGGUUCCUGCCUCCUACUUCAGCACCACUCUGAUAGGCGUGCAGACCGACCAGCGUGUCCUGCGCCAUCUCAUUGUGCAGUACCUGCCACGGCUGGACAAACUUCUCCAGGAGCAUGACAUUGAGUUGUCCUUGAUCACCCUGCACUGGUUCCUUACGGCAUUUGCCAGUGUGGUGCACAUCAAGCUGUUGUUACGAAUCUGGGAUCUCUUCUUCUACCAGGGCUCCAUAGUUCUCUUCCAGACCACACUGGGCAUGCUCAGCAUGAAGGAAGAUGAACUGAUCCAGUCAGAGAACUCGGCGUCCAUCUUCAACACUCUCUCAGAUAUCCCUUCUCAGAUUGAGGAUCCAGAUGUGCUUCUGCAGGAAGCCAUGCGUGUUGCUGGAUCGCUGACAGAUGUGGCGGUGGAGACGCAGCGUUGCAAGCACCUCGCAUACCUCAUUGCAGACCAAGGGCAGCUGCCGAACCCCAGUGCUUCUGUUAACCUGUCGAAGAUUGUACGACGCAGGACACAGCGCAGGAAGUCUGGGAUCACGUCACUGCUUUUUGGGGAAGAUGAUGUGGAGGCACUGAAGGCUAAGAACAUUAAGCAAACAGAGCUGGUAGCAGACUUACGUGAUGCCAUCCUGCAAGUGGCGCGGCAUUUCCAGUGUGUGGAUCCCAAGAGUUUCAGCAUAGACCUAACUCCAGAUUAUACCAUGGAGAGCCACCAACGAGACCAUGAAAGCUACGUGGCAUGUUCCCAGAACCGCCGCCGGCGUGCCAAGGCACUCCUGGAUUUUGAGCGCCAUGAUGACGAUGAACUGGGUUUCCGCAAGAAUGAUAUCAUCACGAUAAUUUCCCAGAAGGAUGAGCACUGUUGGGUGGGAGAGCUGAACGGCCUGAGAGGCUGGUUUCCUGCAAAGUUUGUGGAGGUCCUAGAUGAACGGAGCAAAGAGUAUUCUAUUGCUGGAGAUGACUCUGUCACUGAGGGUGUGACAGAUUUGGUUCGGGGGACACUCUGUCCAGCCCUCAAGGCCAUAUUUGAACAUGGCCUGAAGAGGCCAUCUCUGCUGGGGGGGCCCUGCCACCCCUGGCUUUUCAUCGAAGAGGCUGCUGGGCGUGAAGUAGAACGAGACUUUGACUCUGUGUAUUCUCGUCUUGUGCUCUGUAAAACAUACAGGCUGGAUGAAGAUGGAAAAGUUCUAACUCCAGAAGAGCUGCUUUAUCGAGCCGUGCAAUCAGUGAAUAUGUCGCAUGAUGCAGCACACGCUCAGAUGGACGUGAAGCUUCGUUCUCUCAUCUGCAUUGGACUCAAUGAGCAGGUGCUGCACCUGUGGCUGGAGGUGUUGUGCUCCAGCCUGCAGACGGUGGAAAAGUGGUUCCAUCCCUGGUCAUUCCUGCGCAGCCCUGGCUGGGUACAGAUCAAGUGUGAGCUCAGAGUCCUCAGUAAGUUUGCGUUCAGCCUCUCACAGGAUUGGGAGCUCCCUAUCAAGAGAGAGGAGAAGGAAAAGAAACCACUGAAGGAAGGUGUUCGAGACAUGCUUGUGAAGCACCACCUGUUUAGCUGGGACAUAGACGGGUGACUCAUUGAUUCAGUUUGGACGGCUUAGGUGGCUUCAAACGCCCAGCAUAUGAUCCUCCUCAACCAGAUUGUUGCCCCUUCAUGCACUGUAUAGCCCUGCCCGUCUCCACCAAGGGAAAGGAUCUCUGCUCUGAGCUGCUUCCAGAGCACACUGAAGGUGAUGGCGAUCGUCUCCACUGUUUCCUUGGUGUUAUUAAUCCGAUUGUGCAGAGCUUCUCAAAAGCAGUCAUGAGUCUCCCUUGAGCCCAGCACAUGAGGGGAGCGAGCCCUUCUCCCUUUGCAGGAGAUCUGAAAAGUAUGUGCAGAAAGGGGAGGAGGAGAGAAGAGUGAAUAGCUGCUGAGUUUCUCUGUCUGAGAGGUGAGUCUGAUAUUAAGCAGGCUCAUCUAUUGGAGGCCCCUUUUACACACACUGUGCUGUACGAUGCACCCCCACACACACACAGCCUUGACAAGGGAGACAACCUGAUGUCAGACUACUUUACAGGCACUGCAGUGCAUGAAGGGGUAUGGUUCUGCCACUAAGUGCCUAAAAUGACUGGAUGAUAAAUCCCUCGGCUCUUGUGAAGGGAAGCAGGUAGUUAUGGUAGUGGCAGCAACCAUAAUAGUAAUCCAUCCUUUAACUUCGGGUCAUAGCUGGGCAGAAUCUGUUUGAUGUUAUUUUGGUUUAGAGCAGAUUUUUUUUAAGUAACCAAAAAGAUGUAAAUUAUAUCCAGAAAUCUCUGUAUAUUUUGACAUUUUAGUUCAGGAUGUAAAGGCAAGACUGAGCUGGCUCAGGGACGAUAACAGCACCCUCUGGCAUCGCCGGGGACAGCAGCAGAGUCUGCACACACCCCGCGCGCCGGGGUGGGUGGGGGGGAGCACCGUCAGAGUACUCGUGAUAACGGAUGCACUUGGUGGAGGAGCACAAUCAACUCGUGAAAUGAAAGGAUGUGAUAGUUUGGUUUAUAAAUAAAUUGCACAUCUUGUG